CCCCGGCGAGCCUGACUCCAGACCCGAGGAUGGAGCCGGCGCUGGGCGCUGCAGCGGCUCCCGGUGCGCCCCCCACCAGUUUUAGGUAGCCACUCUCCUCUCCGGUGUGGUUCGAAGAAGAGCCUCCCUCCCUGGCUGUCCCUUCCGUGUGGGCUGUCUAGACAGAGCUGCCAUUUCCAGCUGGAGAUUGGAGAACCCCUCCCCUACCUCUCUCUCCGCAGUCCGCUGGCCACGGGGCAUCUGAACAGGCUGGGACCGCCGCCUAGGCCAGGAGAUCCGGCCCCCGUGGACUCCCAGCUCGGAGCAGCCCCUCUUUGACCCCGCAUGGUGGAGAAGCAGCCCCAUGAAGGUGCCCAGCCAUGCAAUGUUCCUGGAAGGCCGUCCUCCUCCUUGCGCUGGCCUCCAUCGCCAUCCAGUACACGGCCAUCCGCACCUUCACCGCCAAGUCCUUCCACACGUGCCCGGGGCUGGCAGAGGCCGGGCUGGCAGAGCGGCUGUGCGAGGAGGGCCCCACCUUCGCCUACAACCUCUCGCGCAAGACCCACAUCCUCAUCCUGGCCACCACGCGCAGCGGCUCCUCCUUCGUGGGCCAGCUCUUCAACCAGCACCUGGACGUCUUCUACCUGUUCGAGCCCCUCUACCACGUCCAGAACACGCUCAUCCCCCGCUUUACCCAGGGCAAGAGCCCCGCAGACCGGCGGGUCAUGCUGGGCGCCAGCCGCGACCUCCUGAGGAGCCUCUACGACUGUGACCUCUACUUCCUGGAGAACUACAUCAAGCCGCCGCCCGUCAACCACACCACCGACAGGAUCUUCCGCCGCGGGGCCAGCAGGGUGCUGUGCUCUCGGCCCGUGUGCGACCCCCCGGGCUCCGCCGACCUGGUGCUGGAGGAGGGGGACUGCGUGCGCAAGUGCGGCGUGCUGAACUUGACCGUGGCCGCCGAGGCCUGUCGCGAGCGCAGCCACGUGGCCAUCAAGACCGUGCGGGUGCCCGAGGUUAACGACCUUCGGGCCCUGGUUGAAGACCCCCGGUUAAACCUCAAGGUCAUCCAGCUGGUGCGAGACCCGCGUGGCAUUCUGGCCUCCCGCAGCGAGACCUUCCGCGACACGUACCGGCUCUGGCGGCUCUGGUACGGCACCGGGAGGAAGCCCUACAACCUGGAUGUGACGCAGCUGACCACGGUGUGCGAGGACUUCUCCAACUCCGUGUCCACCGGCCUCACGCGGCCCCCGUGGCUCAAGGGCAAGUACAUGCUGGUGCGCUACGAGGACCUGGCCAGGAACCCCAUGAAGAAGACCGAGGAGAUCUACGGGUUCCUGGGGAUCCCCCUGGACAGCCACGUGGCUCGCUGGAUCCAGAACAACACGCGGGGCGACCCCACCCUGGGCAAGCACAAAUACGGCACCGUGCGAAACUCGGCGGCCACGGCCGAGAAGUGGCGCUUCCGCCUCUCCUACGACAUCGUGGCCUUUGCCCAGAACGCCUGCCAGCGCGUGCUGGCGCAGCUGGGCUACAAGAUGGCCACGUCGGAGGAGGAACUCAAGAACCCCUCCAUCAGCCUGGUGGAGGAGCGGGACUUCCGCCCCUUCUCGUGACGGGGGCUCCGGGGGCGGGGGCGAGGGGCACGUGGUGUCGGUUUUGAUAACAUGGACCGUUUUUAACUGUUGCCUUAUUUCCCCCUCCCUGUCUCUGUGUCCCUCCUGCCCCCUGCCCGCCCUCCACUUCCUUCUGCCCCUUUUUGUCUCUGAAAUUUGCACUAUGUCUCGGACAGGAAUCGCUGGGGCAGAGGGGGUGCGAGUGGGGCAGAGCCCCCACCCCACUGCGUUCAGACACACGGAUGUUGGGGCUCCGCGUGGAUGGUGACAAUGUUUACAAGCACCACACUCACACGUUCACAUACGCACACAUACACACACGUACAUGCACACACACACACACACACACACACACACACAUACACACACACGGGCGCCCACGAGGAGAGAUACAUACCCCAACCCACAGAACGUCUGAGGCUUUUCCCAUGGACCAGUGGUCAGGGUAUGGUAGUUUUUGCACUGUCUUACUUCCAGAAGGUAAGAGGUUAAAAAACAAAAAAGGCCACCUCUCUCUAAUUUAUGAAUGGUGUCUAAUCCCUCCCCAUCCUGCUUCCUGCCCCCAAUGCCCACUCCCCCACCCCCUUUGGAGCAGAGAAACUGCCCCCUCCCGCUCGCCCUUGCCUGUCGGUGAGCAGGUUUUUACUGUGAGGUGAAUGUGGACCUUGUUUAUUUUUUCCAGUCCGUGGCAAUGCUGUCUGUCUGUCUGUCUGAGUCUCGUGGCUGCCCCUGGACCAGCGAUGGCUGAUAAAUCUUAUAUAAAUCUUAUGGGUUUCUGAUUGAUCUUGGGGUCCAUCAGUGAUAUUUCUUUGUGCCAAAAAGAAAAAAAAAAAAAAAGAGUGGAUCAGUUUGCUAAAUGAACAUUGAAAUGCUUUAUCUGUGUUUUCUGUAAAUAAAAGCGUGCAAUAAUA